AAAAUUUGCAAGGUUAGGCAGACGUGAAAGGCGCAGAAUUUUUAUUCUUUGUCCGCAAUCGGAUUUGACACAGAAACGAAAAGGUCCAGACACCGAAGUCGAAUUGGUAUGCAGUGUUCUGAAUUGUUGGCAUGUCACUCCUGAAUCAAUUGUUCAGUCGUGGCGUUCUUGGCGCAAAAUGCAAAACAUGCUUGAGCUUGGCCAUUUCACGUAUCAAACUGGUGCAAAACAAGAGAGAUGUGCAGUUGAAACAGAUGCGCAAGGAGAUAGCCCAAUUCCUUCAGACUGGUUCAGAAGCCAUAGCUCGAAUCCGGGUGGAGCAUGUCAUACGGGACCAAAACAUAUGGGCAGCCUAUGAGAUCUUAGAGCUGUUCUGUGAAUUUGUUCUUGCUCGUGUUCCGAUUCUUGAGAGCCAGAAGGAGUGUCCUUCAGAAUUGCAGGAAGCUAUUGCAAGCAUAAUCUUUGCUGCUCCCAGAUGUUCAGAUUUGCCAGAGUUGUUGCAGAUAAAGAACCUAUUUACUACAAAAUAUGGAAAGGAGUUUGUGUCGGCAGCUUCUGAGCUUCGUCCUGAUACUAGCGUCAACCGUGGAAUAAUUGAGAAACUUUCUGUUAAAGCUCCAUCUCCAGAAACAAGGCUUAAGAUUUUGAAGGAAAUUGCAGAAGAGUACAAUCUAGACUGGGAUUCUUCUCGCACUGAAGCAGAGUUCAGUAAGAAGCAUGAAGAUCUGCUGGAAGGUUCAAAUCAAAUUCUCAGUGAAGCGGCAGACUCUCAAAUGAUCACUAGACAGUGCUCAGUUGACUCUACACUGUCCAACGAGGCUAAUCCUAUCAUUACGAGAAAAAGGAACAAUGAAGCUCAACACCCUCAAAUCCCCACUCCACCCAAAGAGGAUAUUUCCUUGAUUGGUCAUGAUAGAGCUGAAAGAUCAAUUACAAAUCUUAGUGAGGGAUCAUUUAAUAAUAUUAAAACAGAGACUAGAUCUCACUCACCUGACAUCUUGGAGUUAGCACGAGCUGCCAUUGCCUCUGCAGAGCGUGCCUCAGCCACUGCCCGUGCAGCUGCUGAGCUUGUGAAUGUUAAAGGUCCAUGGAUGCAAGAAGGAAAAUCUGUGUAAUGCUUUAUGAUGGUGAAUGUCGUACUUGAGGUAUUACUGGGAGCAUAACUUAAAUCGCAUUUGAUCUUGGAGGAUUCCGAUAUAAAGGAUGAAUAAUUUAUUGAGUAAUGAUGUUGUGCAUAUUUUGGAGUAAGAGCAUGGUAAUUUUACUGAUGAGCACCGAUACAGUUGUGUUUCUUUUUUCUCGGCAAAAGAAAAUAAAUGCAUUAUGCAGGUCAUGUGUCAAAACUGUUACAUUUCAUGUACCUUAUUUGUUCUUGUUGUGAAUGAUUUCUUUUAUAUGAUUCUUGUACUUUAGUA